GGAUGCUUCCAUUCGUGAUGCACGGAUGGCAACACGCCAAUCGAUGACCGCGGUAUAGGCGACAUGGCCACUUGAAACGAUCCGGUGGUAUGACGGGAAUUGCAGUACUGCUCUCUGUGGGGCCGCGCAUACAUGAGUCUGACGCGGCCGUGGUCCGACGCGGCCACAGCUCACCUCCGCAGAGGGUCGGUGAGGUGCGUGAGCGCGGGGUACUAGUGGGAUUUCUGAUUUUCUGUGAAACGUCAGAUGACACUCCAAAUGCAAUUGGAAGACGAUGGCUGAUUGGUAGAUCAUUUACAUCGCUCCACGACGGGACUGUGAAAAGCAUGAGGCCCGAGACCGGAAACGCUUGCCAGAAGACUGUGAGAAGCUUGUUCCACAUCCGGACAGCGCAGAUCUCGGAGAACCUUGAAUGAGAUAAUAAUCCGAGGGCGGAAGAGGAAUGGGCAAUUCAGCGUGCACAGCCGCGGAAAACUCGAGGCCCACUUGCACAUCAGUCGUCAUGCAGAUGGAACGGACUGAAUAGAUAGGCGAGAUGGGUUAGGUUACAUUAAACCAGGCAGAACGAAGUGGCUUCUUCUCGGAAGUCCGUUCUGGCGUUGCAUAGUGGACAAAUAUGG